AUGAAGAAAGCUAGCUUGCUUUUCCUUGAGGACAACAUUGUGUGUCCGAUAUGCCUUGAGGUGUUCAGAGACCCCGUCACCACAGCCUGCGGACACAACUUCUGCAUGGACUGUUUGCAGGAUUACUGGGACCACCAAGCCCUGGUUGGGGAUUGCCCCUACUGCCCUCAGUGUCGUGAGCCUUUCAGUUCGAGGCCUCAACUGCGCAAAAACACAACCCUGGGAGAAAUCGCCACGAGGUUCGCACGGGAAGAAGCCCAAGGGUCAAGGAAGCUGGCAGGUCAGAGGGAGGUUUUGUGUGACUUCUGCUCCCCCAGGAAGAUGAAGGCUGUCAAGUCCUGCCUGCAAUGCAUGGCUUCCUUGUGCGAAAACCACAUCCGUUCCCACUAUGAAGACAACGCCUUCAGGAACCAUCAGCUGAUAAAACCUCUCAAUGACCUGAAGGCUAAUAUGUGCUUGAAACAUCACAGACUCCUGGAGCUGUUCUGCAGAAUCGAAGGGAAAUUCAUCUGCCACAUCUGUGUUCGGGAAGAGCACAAGAAUCAUGACGCCAUCUCUCUGAAGGACGACAGGAGCAAGAAAGAAGUGAGUAGUAUCAUGCCAUCCUUUAAAGUCAGCAGUUAGUUUUCCUGGAAUGCAACUUUCAGAAGAGGACAACUGGUGCUAGGUCAGUAGAAUCAUAGAAUCAUAGAGUUGGAAGAGACCACAAGGGCCAUCGAGUCCAACCCCCUGCCAAUAGUCCCUGUACUAUAGCCCCCUGUACUAUAGCCCCCUGUACUAUAGCCCCCUCUCCUAAACGAUUCCUAUCAACAUCUUUUGGAGAUCGUGCGUGUGGCUUCCUUCACCCCUCUUGGUUGGCAACUGGGGGAGGGGAGGCAGCGUCACUUCCCACUGGGUCAGGUUGGGAUUUCAGUAGCACAGACCAUCUCCCAUUUUACCCUAUUUCUCUUAUUUCUAUUCUUCAUCACUUUUCUUUCCAUUGGUAGGCGCUAGAGAUGGGACGGCCCGGGGGGGGGGGGAAACUCUUAACAAUUCAGAGGGAGAAUUUGCUUUCCUCCCAACGCCUUUUGUUUUGUUUCCCUCCCCCCCAAGGACAAAAAUUGGAAUAUGACAUGUGAAAAGGUAUAGAAGUUUGUUUAAACUUGGGUAAAUCCUCAGUUUUUAGAACUCCAGGAUAAAUAGGACAAAUAUAGAGAAGCAGAAACUGAUAGUAUUAGCUAAAAAAUGAGACUGAUAAAAAUGUAUAUACUAUCAAUUUAGUCUUAGUUCCCACCUAUCUCCCUUUCUCUCUCUGUUGGGUUUUUUGUUUGUGUGGGGGGAGGUUUGGGGGGUUUGGAAAAUGAGAGAUUUACAGUGGUACCUUGGGUUACAGACGCUUCAGGUUACAGACUCCGCUAACCCAGAAAUAGUACCUCAGGAUGAGAACAGAAAUUGCGGCGCGGCAGCAGCGGGAGGCCCCAUUAGCUAAAGUGGUACCUCAGGUUAAGAACCGUUUCAGGUUAAGAAUGGAACUCCAGAAUAAAUUAAGAUCUUAACCCGAAGUAUCACUGUAUAUCUGUUUGACACUGUUGAGGACUAGAGGAGAUACAAUAAUUUUCAGAAUACAUACUUUUUUUUCUAUAACAAUGAUGCUUUAUCCUGUUUUUAUUGUUUUUUGCCUAUUCAUAACUUGGAAAACGAAAGAGAUUAUGUGCUUUAAUGUUACUGACAUGUUAAUGUGUUGCUUGCUAUAAUGUGCCCUAUGACAUAGGGUGGGAUAUAACUUUUAAAUAUAAAUAAAUAAUAAAAUGAUGAGCCCAAGUGUUAUGUAUAUAUAUAUGAAGCUAUGUAGAGCUGGUGAACUAUACACUAGACAUAUUAGCUAUGAGGUUAAAAUGUUGUUUGUAUUUGUGAUAUAUGGCUUGUACCUGUAUGUACUUUUCUUUCACAUCCUUUAUAUCUUCUAAAAGGAGAAACAGUCACAUUAGGAGUGAUUUUUUUUCAAGCAAGCUAGCAGAAGACAAGUGAGCCCAUCAACUUGCCAUUGCAACAAAAGCAGUGAACCAGUUCAUACUGACACCAAGAUUGUUAUGCCUUGUUUUAUUUUGAGUUUGCUUGCCCUUGAGAUUGUGCAAUUUGGACAAAGUUGGUUAGAAGCUGAACAAAAGGGUUCAGCUGAGGACAGCACCCUAUCCGGUCACACCCAGUUUCAUAAGAAAAGAAAAAAUUGAAAACUGAGAUAAGAACUUCCCUGCCUAUUAAGAUAAUCAGGUGAGGCUUUUCUAAAUACCCCACAUGAUUAACCCCCAUUCUUGGGCAGAGUGAGGUGACUAGCAGAUACUAGAGGCUGUGGAUCCUUCUCCUGAGUCUCCUAGCCAUUCCCUUCUGUCAGAGAGCACAGUUCUGUGUGCCAUGUAGUUUGUCCCGGACCCCUGCUGCCCUCAGGUGUGGGGGGUCAUGCUAUCCCAUCUGUACUAUUGAAGUAAAAUUCGACUGCCAUCCAGUCAGCUUCUCUGGAGGACAUCAUCUUAUCCUUUGCCUCAGGUAGUCAUAAGUCUUAAACCAGCCCUGUUGUCCCAAAAUCAUUGGAGGUACAGUUUGCGAUGGAAACUCCCUCGCCUUGGAGGCUUCAUUAUUUCCCAUACUUCAGGUGUUUUGUUCAAUGGUUGCCUUUUUUUAUUUUACCAGACAACUAGCAUGGAAUUGUCAAGGCUUCUCAGCACUGCUUUAAUGGUGUAUUGUUCUGCUGUUCCAUAUAGUUAGGUGUCAACUGCAAAGGGGAUUCAGACAUUUAAGCUGGCAUAUUUUACCUGAGAUUUCCCUGCUAUUCCAGCUCAUGCAACAAAUAAUCUCUAGGAGACUUGACCGUGGUUUAUUGCACCGGUAGUGUUAAAUGUUUUUUUAAAAAACUGUUUUUAUGGUUAUUGCUGUUUUUCCUUUUGUUCCCCCUGUGAAUGAUGCCAUAGCCUUUGGCUAGCGUAAUAAAGUUUAUGAAUGAAUAUUGCUAGGUUUUGUAUGAGGUAUUAAUAUCAGAAUUUUAAAUUCUUUUUUUUUUUUAUUGUAAGCUGCAUUGAAGACAUUUUGCGUCAAAAAGCAGUUUGUGAAUAAAAAAUAGUCUUCCUGAAUGAUUCCAGCGGCUGUUCAUCUAGUCCAGUCCUUUGUAAUGUGAGUCCAAACAGGAUCUCUUCUAUAAAACUGGAAAACACAUCCCACACAUCUGAUUUUUUAAAAAUUGAGCAUUGAUUAUUUAUGCUCCACUUUUAAAAGAGGUGUAUGUGAAGUCGUCAUCCCCAGGCUGCUGCUUCCAUGUUCUAAUUCUUUCUUUCCCAGGUCGAAGUCAGGAGAGUACAAGCCAACGUGGAAAACCAAGUCUUGAUGUUGGCAGCGGACAGUCAGCAACACAGGGGCAGAGUGAACUACCUUACGGUGAGAAAAGCUUCUGAGGGAAGGGACCGAAUCCAUGGCACAUCCCACAGAUCCAGGGGCACUUACUGCCACUCAGUAUUGUACCAUUCUUCACGUGGGCAUGUAUUUGCAUGUACAGUGGUACCUCAGGUUACAGACACUUCAGGUUACAGACUCCGCUAACCCAGAAAUAGUACCUCGGGUUAAGAACUUUGCUUCAGGAUGAGAACAGAAAUCGUGCGGCGGCAGCGGGAGGCCCCAUUAGCUAAAGUGGUACCUCAGGUGAAGAACAGUUUCAGGUUAAGAACAGACCUCCAGAACGAAUUAAGUUCUUAACCUGAGGUACCACUAUACUGAAGUCAAGUGGUUGACACUUCUUUAGAGCUGGAGGUCAAGGUUUUGCCUAGCCAUCCUGAAAGACCCCUAGCAAAUGCUAACUUUCUCUGCUAUUCCAUGGAACAUCCCAGGUCCUGUUUGGCUCCCAUUCUGUUCUUCUGGCUGACUGAGAGUCUUCUCCUAUAUACUAAUAGCAAACUCAUCAUCUGAGUAUGAAUUCUUAUGUAGCCAAAGUGGUAACAUUCAUGCAUAGGAAUGAGCUAUCAGUAGACUCAGGGCUUGCAGAUGUACAAAACAAUGUAUUUUGGGGGACACCUGCUUUAGAUCACAAACUGCAUCGUUUGAAGACCUAACAACAUGGUUGCUUCAAGGAACUGCUGUGCAGUUGAGGCUGUCAGUCCUACAAGCGACAUGUUGCUGCUUCUUUUCUUUUUUAGAAAAUGUGUCCAGCUUUUAUUGUGAAGGACUAUCUGAUAAAUAAAGCAGCUAAACAGCACUGAAAGGGACCACAAUACAAUACAAUACAUACAGACAUCCCAGCGCAAACAGGAAUAGGGUUUCCUGUGGUUGGUGAGCUCUGCUUUCUUCUGACUACCUCUCCUCAAAUUACACACAUAGGCCCUCCAGACUGAAAGCUGAUUCCCUUUGUUUCCUUUCCCUCUUCACCACCACAUUUCAGGUGGACAAUCCUCUUUCAAAGGAAAAAAUGAAAAGAAAAGAAAGCACAACAAGCAAGUUAGCCUGCUUCUUUGGUGCCUUAUUUUCUUUUAUCGAUAGCAGGACUCUCUUCACUUGAAAGGGUGCUCUCGGGAGGAAGACAAAGUUGGGAGCAUGAACCCAAUUAGCAGUGUGCGCGCAGUACUUUUGCUAGAAACCAGCAGAACCAAUUGCUCCUUAUUUAUUUAUGGUUCCAUAGCAGCUUUGCCACUUUAAAAAUGUGUGUCUGCACCUACCCUGAGAAUUUCACAAAGGAGUAUUAAAUGAACACGUAAGAAGAUAAGGAGAGCCCUAGUGAAUCAGGUCCAAGGCCCACCUAAUCCAACAUUCAACAGUGGCCAAACAGAUGCCUAGGGGGAGUCCACAAGCAGGACAUGAGCACAAUAGGACUCUCCCACAUGCAAUCCCCAGUCACUAAGUGAAAUAUACUCCGAGUCGAGAGUGCAUUUCAUGCUCUUUAUUCAGCUCAUACUGGUGAGAAGGAAUGGAAGUUCCCCCAGAAUGUCUGCUUUAUAUACAUUAUUUACACCAUGGGCCCCACGUGAUUGGCUAAUUCCAGGAUUCAUCUGUAAGCCAAUCAGGUUGCGGAUUCACUUUCACCUGGAGCUGGAUUGGGUGGCUCCUGUGGAUCGAUCAGACUGCUGCAUUCUGAAUCCUAUUGUUCUAGGACCAAUCAGACUGCUGCCUUUUGGAUCCUUUUCAACUCAGUACAUAACACUAGGAUUCACAGGCAUCACGGCAAUACAUAGCCAUCAUGACUAGCAGCCAUCAGUAGCCUUAUCUUCCAUGGAUUUCUCAAAUCCACUUUUAAUGCUGCCCAAGUCAAUGCUACAUCGUGUGGUAGCAACUUCCAUACUUUAAACAAUGGUAGGUGAAAAUGUGAUGUGCUUGGCAUUGCCUUUCCCUUUCAGAAAGUAGUGAAGACGGCCCGAGACGAAGUGAAUAGGGCCUUUGCCGAGGCGAUGAAAGAGCUCAAGCGACUGCAGAACAAGGUGAUGGACUUUAUAGAUGAAGAAGAAAGAUCGGCCUUAGUUGGAAUGGGGAAUUCCAUUCAGCACAGUCAAGAGCAGCUGAUUGAUCUCCAGAAGCAGAAUUACUGGCUGACAGGUCUCAUGGAAGACCCAAGUGACCAUCAGUUUCUGCAGGUAGAGUCCACACUGUAAUUGGAGCACAGUCAAGACCAGGGAAUCAUAGAACUGUAGAGUUGGGACCCCGAGGGCCGUCUAGUCCAACCCCCUGUAAUGCAGGAAUCUCAUCUAAAGCAUCAAUGACAGAUGGCCAUUCAACCUUCAAUGAAGGAGAGUCUACCACCUCCCAAGGGAGUUUAACAGCUCUUACUGUCAGAAAGUUCUUCCUGAUGUUUAGUGGACUUGAAUCCAUUGGUUUGAGUCCUACCUUCUGGAGCAGGAUAAAAAAAGCUUGCUUCCAUGUGACAGCCCUUUAGAUAUUUGAGGAUAGCUUUCAUAUCUCCUCUCCAUCUUCUCAUUUCCAGGCUAAACAUACCCAGCUCCCUUAACUGUUCCUCAUAAGGUUUGGUUUCCAGACCCUUGAUCAUCUUGGUCGCUCUCCUCUGCAUGUAUUCUAGCUUUGUCAAUAUCCUUUCUAAAUUGUGGUGCCCAGAAUUUGACACAGUAUCCCAGGUGUGGUCUGACCAAGGCAGAAUAGAGUAGGCAAUCUUCCCCAAACGUGUCCACCAGAUAUUUUAGACUACAACUCCCAUCAGCCCCAGACAACAUGCUGAGCAACCUGAUUCUUCUCAGGCAUCUCUUAACCCUUUCUGACCUCUUUUGUCCUUUAAAUGGUCGGUGCUUCCUACCAUUGUUGCUACCGCCCCACCCAUUAUUAGCAUGAAAGAAAGAGGGUGACUCGGUUAAGGAUUGUACUGUGCUGGGUGAAAUUCCUCUACCACAUAUUCCUCUUUACUCUGCUGGGAAGUGUGCCAGUACCAAGAGCAAGAGAGUAAGCAAAGGACAUUUAUUUUCACAAGGCUAGAGCUGGUGCCAGCUUCCAUCACCUGCUUAUUAUUAGAUUGUACUUGUUAUGUGUUUACAAAAUUCUCCCCUGAUGCCAGCAGCAGCAGGUCAUGUAGCCCCAGUGGAUUGGGCAGCAGCUGCCCAUCUGAAGCAAGAGACUCCCAACUCCUUAUACACUGCCGCUCAUAAAUGUUUUCACAGAAUCACCUGCCUUGAUUCUAAAAUCUCCAGUGAGGAACAGCAACAAAAACUCCUCUUUUUGCUAAAAACAUGCCCAAAGAGUGUGACUUUAUUUUUCGUUUGAUCAACUGUUUCUCUAAGCCGCUAGAGAAAUGCAAAUAAUAAAACAGAGUCUUAAACUGAACACCAUGUUAUGUGAGCAAAUGACCUCUGUACCAUUUAAGCCACACUGCAGAAACACAAAUGGAAUGUAGCGGGAGGAAUGGGCCUGUUUGCAUAGAGGUGGCAUUUAGCCUAUAAGGCCGUAUUUGGCCCAUAGCAAAAGAGCAAUAAAGCAUUCAGUGAUAUUCCAGUAGCAUUAUUAUAUCCUCGUCAUGUGCGAGUGUUUGUGCGAUCCUUUGAACUGAAGGUAAAGAUCUUGGCACUACACCUCCCUUCCCAUUUUAUCCUCUCAACAACCCUGUGAGGUAGGUUAGGUCUUGAGGGACAGUGACUUGGCCCAAAGUCACUCAGGGAGCUUCAUGACUGAGUGGGGCUUUGAGUCCUAGUCUCUUAGGUCUUGGUCCAACACUCUAACCAUGAAGCUACACUAGCUCUUAUAACAUUUCUAACUUUCCUUUCUUCUGUUGUGAAGGCAGAAUCAGUUCGGUCUCCCAUGCAUGCACUGCUCAGACUUGCAGCUGCUUCGUUUGAACACAGUUACUGUACCAUGUGCCUUCAGGCCAUCAUGCCCUGAUAGUUAUAACCAAUUAUCCAUGUUCCCUUGGAUAAUUAAAAAGGGGGAAGGUUGUUAACAGGUUGUUGUUUUUUAAAGAAAAUUUUCUCAAAUAUCUCUGGUAUUUUCACCAUGAAAUUCAAAAACCUGAUGCAUUCAAAACAUUAAAUAGUCUCCUGUCAUGCCUUGCUGUGAUGGUGCCCCUUCUGGGCAGAGGGGGAAAGUUGUAGAUUCUUCUUCACUGGAGGCACUUAAACAGAUUUGUAUUUUGCACUGUACAUAUCCAGCAUUGAGCAAAGGACUGGAGUGGAUGAAUUCUGAGGUCCCUUCCAACUCUAUGAUUGCAUGGCCAGCCUGAAAAAUAUUGGCGCCUGAGGUAAACCAUAAAAUGGUGCACACACACCCUGCCAGGGAAGAAAGGGUGAGUGAAGAUCUACACCAGGAACAAGAGGGGUGAAUGAAGAUCUACACUGGGAUCUGCUGCCCCUGUGGAUCCUGCCACCUGAGGUGGUCUCUUCAUCUUGCCUCAUGGGUGGGCUGGCCCUGGAUUCUAUACAUGUAGUCAGAAAGCCUGCAGGCAAACCAAGAUGGUUCCAUUUCUGUGAUGAGGACAUCAAAAUUCUCUCUUCCAAAAAUGUUUCAGUGAGUUUCAAUCUCUUGUUAAAAUCUAUUUGUUCCCACAGGACUUCCCAAAAAUAAGAGUAAUGUCGGGUUGCACAGAAGCUUUGAUUGGACUGAAGUGUGAGGAGCCCACCAGUUUCAUAGCACUUAAACAGACCCUGAGUGACUUGAAAUCCCAAGUGUCCAUGUUCGGACUCUGCUUCAUCAACAAAGCCCUUCAAAAAGGUGAGUUGGCUCCACAAAAAUGCUACAGCUAGCAAGAUGCAUUCAUAGGCUCAAAUAAUUCUUCAACACAUGAUGCUGUAGAUUUUUUUUAUUUUACAAUAUUUUUGUUUCAUUUAAGCAAGAACAUAUGCUUCAAUGGCAUGCAGUAAUAUAGAAAGACAAUACAACUGAAUGAAAAUUAAAAUUAAUCAUAUGCUGACAAAAAUACAAAUUUGGGUCAUUUCAUUCACAAUCCUUGGAAAAAGCUGGAUCUGUGUACACAUUAACGUACACAUUAACAACCUGGUGUAUGCACAGCCUCUCAGUCCCUUUGUUUCACAUUAAGACUCAGAAACCCUUCAGAAUGAUGCAGCCACAUAUAUAACACUUGAAGUCAAAUGCAUUGCUCCUUUAACAUACCUACAAAUCAAAUGAGUUUGCGUUGUGGUGUGACCAGGAGAGGGCUUGGAGUCAUGAUGGAUAGCUUUCUGAAAAUGUUGAUCCAAUGUGCCGAAGUUAUGCAAAAAGCAAACUCUAAACCAGGGAUUGCAGUGAAAUGGAUUGAAAUCUCUUCCUCUCCGUGUAGAUCCAGAUGCAUAUAGUUGUAAAAUAAACUAUAUAGCUUAAUGCACCCUUAAAAAUAGAUCAUUAAAGACCUUUAAAAAUAAACAAAUUACAUUUAUCUAACAAAAUACAUUACAUUAAAUCUGUUACAUUUGUUACAUUAAAUCUAACAAAACUAAGAAGCAUAUUUACCCGGAUAGAACCAAACACAAAUAAAACAGUGUCUUCUGCAUGUGCUGUGGCCAAAAUUAGGUUUAGACAAAUUCAUGGAAGAUAAGGCUUUGAGUGGCUAUUAGUCACUGAGGGCAAGUUACCAGCAGCAAGAGAGAGCUGUUUCGCUCAUGUCAUGCUUGUGGGCUUUCCAUUAGCAUCUGGUUAGUCACUGUAGAAACAGAAUGCUAGAAUAGAUAGAUUAGCAAGGCUCUUUUUCUGUCACAUCAUGGGGUAUUUGGGGGGGAGGGGACCGACCAGGCUUUGGGCUAUUUGAGAGUGUCGAAGUUGUACACUGGGUCAGCAGAACCCAGUGUUCUGGUUACCUUUUAAUGGACAAGAUGUGGCAGCUGUAGAAGAGUGAGGAGAGAGACCCCAAAGAGGACUCAUUUUCUUUUGCUGUGGUGCAGCACCUCCAGUUCUCACAAGCCCAUGGUGAUCUCUUGGUCUUCCACAUGGCAGACAUGGGAGAAUUAUUAGCUCUGCCUUUUGGGGGUAUAGUUUGUGGCCAGAAGCACCUCAUUGGGUGAGGCGCAGCCAUUCAGCUAGCUUCACAGCAGGUGGGUCACUGCUGCCAACUUAGAAGAUGGCUGAGAGUGGGGCGGGCGUAGUGCGAACAAUGAUCCGCCUGCCGGGAAGUUAGCACAGAGGCUCUGCCCCACCCAGCAAGCCGCUUCUCCUUGAUGCCCUGCGAGUUUUGCAACAAAACACCACACUAACUUCGAAUGAAGGAAGCUCCUAUAAGACUCUAUCCCUUUGGUAUGGAUCAAGUUAUUCAGGUCUUUAAUUUCCCAGCCAAUUAUACUUGUGUCUAGGAUGAUUCCCGUAAAUGCUGCUGGAUUAACAACCGCUGGUUGGAACAAUAUUUUUGUUAGUGUCUGGUGUGCCAAAGAACUGUUGUUGUUUUGCUAAAGUAGAUUAGAAAGGUUGUGUUUCUGGAAGGACGAAAACAGGGAAUUUUGCCAGAUAAUGCAGAUCAAAUAAGUCUCUUACAUGAGGGUUAAAAAUAAGCUCAAAAAUCUGUGUAGUCCACAGCCCUGAGGGCAAGAUCUCAAAUUUCUGUUUACGUGGCGCCCUGCACAGGCUAUGCGCGCGCGCGCACACACACACACACACACACACACACACACAUAACUCCAGGACCUUUUGUCUUUCAGGGAUCACAAUGGUGCCUUAUGAAGUGAUACCAGCUCCCACGGAUCGGAAAAGUCUCAGAAAGUGUAGGUGUUGCAAUUCCAUUUGUCUUCUCAUUGUUUUCCUCUGGGGUGCUUUAAAAUUUAGCCUGUGCACACAGUACCAUUUUAUCUGGUGCCAAUGUACUCCUAUCACUGGUAUGUGAAGCAGAGUCCUUGUGACGUUUGCCACAACCCAUCUGUAUCCUGAGGUUUCUUGAGAAAUACUGUUACUUGAGUUGUUUUCCCUCAAGUCAGCUUCCAUCACAUUUGAGAAAACAAGCCGUGAUUAAGCUCAGGGGUGUACAUCUGGGACAGCCACUGCCAGGGCUUUUUUUUAUCAGUCAAAACUUGCCAGAACUCAGUUCCAGCACCUCUCAGGUGGGCACCAUUGCCAUUUUAAGAGAACGAUGGAGGUGUUCAUCAUGAGUUCAGUCAAUUGGCCUAACUUGUUCAUUGUGACUGACCUGGUACUAGCAGCAGUAGCUUAAAUUGGAUUUUGCAUAUUUGUAAGGUAAAUAUAAUAGCCACAUUAGCAAUGUAAGAUAGAGGCCAAAGUCUUCUUAUUUAUUCAGUUCAUUUAUUUAUAAACCACAUAUUAUUUCACAAAGCGGUAUGCAAGCUCAAAACCAUACCCUACAACAAGACAGAGGUGAAAGUCGGUGAACAAAUAAAACACCACAUCGUGGCUGGAGUCAUGCAUCUGAACAGAAGGACCUCCUUUGUGGAGAUUCGUCACUGGCACAAUCCUGGCUCUUGGAUUUGCAAAACACUUCAAGUUGGAGAACUUAAAAAAAAAAUUCAGGCAUUUCACUUCAAGAGCAAUUUCACUUUUCACUUUUCAAAGCAAUUGUAGAAGAUAUCCAAAGAACACUAUUUCACAGGGCUGCUGCAAGAUUUUCUGUUUCAUGUCUUUAACAACAAAAGCAUAACAAGUUUGACUUUUCCUAUCACUUCAUCUCUAUUCUGGGAAGUUGCAGAAGUCUUGGAUUUCUUGUCCUUCCAGAGGAAGGAAACUUGGAGUAAGUGGUUGCUUACGGGUGUGCCCAGAUGCUUACUCACUGUUUGCUUUAUCAUAAUCUUCCUCUUUUGUCCAAGGAGUUAAUCCACAACUUAUCCGGCGCUCCAGUCUAUCGAAUACCGAUUUAUAACCCUGACAUUUAUUGAUGUUCAGCAUUCUAGAAGGAAUAAAUUAGCAGAAUACAGCAAGGUUAAAAGACACUCUGGAAACAGUAAAUACCAAUUCCUGAAGUGACCAGCUUUCUCCAUUAACUAACACCACCCCUUCUUUCUUGCUACUUAAUGCUAGGGCUCCAUUGCCUCAACUCAACUAACACAACACAAACUCUCCCUCAAACACUCUCGCAUUGGGUAAUAUUCCAUGUUAACCACACUUACAGCAGACCUGUAGUAAAAGCCCAUUAAUGUCAGGGCUCAUCCGCUUGUCUAAUGCCCGCCUCCCAUAUACAGGCACAAACACAGAAUUGGCAAGGGGGGGGGGAGAGGAGGAGAUGGGUGGAGAGAACUCUUCCCUUUUUGCCCUCCACCUUCACUCACACACAGAGAGACACAGCUAUCAUUGCCUAGGAAUCCUUUACCAAAUACUGACCAUGUGUUGUAUGCUGUGGUCUCCUGGAUUCCAAGAAAAGUCUGGAGAAGAGUUUGAGGAGUUAGUUUGGUUCCCAGUAUGUUUUCUGCAAGGUUAGAAAGUCUCAGAGGAGACGCCUACCUGCCCUAACUGACCUCCCAUCCUGUUUCUGUCUCUGGUCAUCUGCACUAGGACUGACCAAAGCUGGAAACAAGAUGAGAGAUUCUUAGAAUUCAGCACUUUUCCUAAAAUCAUAGAAUUGUAGAGUUGUAAGGAACCCUGAGAAUCAUCUAGUACAGUGGUACUUCGGGUUACAUACGCUUCAGGUUACAUACGCUUCAGGUUAUAGACUCCGCUAACCCAGAAAUAGUACCUCGGGUUAAAAACUUUGCAUCAGGAUGAGAACAGAAAUCGUGCUCCAGUGGUGCGGCAGCAGUGGGAGGCCCCAUUAGCUAAAGUGGUGCUUCAGGUUAAGAACAGUUUCAGGUUAAGAACGGACCUCCGGAAUGAAUUAAGUUCUUAACCCGAGGUACCACUGUAGUCCAACCCCCCAGUGAUGCUAAGCAUUUCAUAUAAUAGACUAUUUCACUUAGGCCAUUAUUAUUAUUAUUAUCAUUAUCAUUAUUAUUAUUAUUAUUAUUAUUACUAUUACUAUUACUAUUCCCAUAUGGCAGAUGGGAGGCAGAAAUGCUCCAUACAAAUUCCCACUUCUUACAUAAAAUAUUAGAACACUGCUUUGAGGAGCCAUGCAGAAAGUACUGGACCCAGAAUCUCCCAGCACCGUCUCUGAAAAAGUCCAGUCCUAGCUGAAGAGGAAAGGUCAAUGUCAACACCAAUCUGUUAAGACCUGCAUUAAACCAAAUACCAGUCUGUGCUUGCUAGCUGGACGCUGGCCAGUAAAAAUAAUCACCCGUCAUAAAGUUUUGUGUGUUUUGGUUGCCCUAGUUAGCAAGGGGAGCAGAACCGCAGUUAUCAUCCUUUAACUGAGAGCUAGCAAGAAAGCGACAGUGUCAGGUGACUGCCGCAAGCAGGUGAAAGGCACAGUGUCCUUUGCUGAGGCUGGAGGUGCUUGUGGCUUCCGGCCACUGAGUAUGAAUAGCAAACCUCAGCCUUUUGUAAUCUUCACUGAGAGCCAGUGUGGUGUGGUGGUUAAGAGCGGUAGUCUCAUAAUCUGGGGAACCGGGUUCGCGUCUCCGCUCCUCCACAUGCAGCUGCUGGGUGACCUUGGGCUAGUCACACUUCUCUGAAGUCUCUCAGCCCCACUCACCUCACAGAGUGUUUGUUGUGGGGGAGGAAGGGAAAGGAGAAUGUUAGCCGCUUUGAGACUCCUGAAGGGGAGUGAAAGGCGGGAUAUCAAAUCCAAAACUCUUCUUCUUCUUCACUGAACCCUAGUAAUGUUGCAGGCAGUAUAUGGGAGUCUAGCCGUAGCGUCUUCCUGUUGGUAUGCUAACAGUGCACCCAUGCUUGGUGCCAAACUUUGUGCCCAGGGCCUUGAUUCAGCCUUGACAAUGGGCCCACCCACCCCAACACCUACCACAACCAGGGCAGGACCCAGAUCUGGUUGUGGCAACGGUGCCUGCCGUAUGCUUUCUCUGCUGCUGCCGCUACAUUGGUGACGGCACCACUUGUCACCCUCUGCCGGGGGGGGGGGGAAGGCUCAAGACAUGUUUUAGUGGUGGAUGAGUGGUGGCUUGUCUCCCAUCCAUGACGGUCACCGCCAUCUUAGGCUACCCAAACUGCAAUGUCCCAGCUGAAAGUUCCUACCCCUAGACAUAUCCAGACUACAAAUCUAUGAAAUAAAUACAUUUCAUAUAUCUAUGGGCAGAAUAUUACAGUUUGGGUAACUUAAAACAGUAAUAUAUAGUGGUGCAAAUGGCAGUGUGCCUGGGUUGAGCCAGUGUGGGCACUUCCAAGCUCCUGGGACCCUCAGCCAGGGCUCAACUUGGCUGGCCACUGGUGCUGAACCCACCAACCCAACAGCUUCCAAGGCCCAGGACAUUUUGUUGCCUCAGGUAAAGGACAAGAUGUUUCUCCUCCCCGCAUUCCACACACUGAUGGGCAGGUUAAUCUUACAGCACCCUUCACUGCACCUGAGCAAAGCAGAGCAGCUUAGGGGGCAUAGGGUUAGGCUGCAUUACACAUGACAUGGGUUCAGGAGAAACAGCCGGGUUGUUGCUGCCACUGCUCCCACACCCAUCCAAGCCCUCACUGCCUGAAGGGGAUGUCACACUCUGGCUAAUGCUAAGGCCUGCUCUGACUAAAGGUGAAGCUCUAGCGGCUUGUGCUUUGCCAGGGGGGGAUCCAAGCACACUAUCCUGAUUCCAGCAUAGCAAUACUAUGAGGGGAGAAGCUGCACAGCCAAAUUUCUCCCUCUCGUAAAGAGGAGCACUAUCCCAGGUAGAAUCUGACAGUUCUACCAACCCCGCAAGAAUGAUUUAGUCUUUUUGAAAAGGCUAGGGAUGCAAGAAGCAGCAACUUUAAACUGUCCCCCAAGCAAAUUUCAAACAAAAGAAUUCCUGAAGCCUGCCAGCAAACACUGUUUGUUCUUCCACACAAAAUAGCUGUGGAAGGGCUGGCUGCCAAGCAGUUCUCAGACCAUGUUCAAGGUCUUGUUACUAACAUAUAAAGCCCUGAACAACUUGGGAUCAGGUCAUCUGAAAGACCUAUAAGAACAGUUAGAUAAUCUGUGGGAAUUUUAUUCUCAAAACCACGCCCUAUAGAAUACCACAGAACAGUUACCUGGAAACAGGUAUUUUCCACCAUUGUCCCUACAUGCUCAGGAAUGUCCUCCUCUCUGCCAAAUGUGAAGGACCAUCCAUUAGUUGUGUCAGGUGUCAUUUAGGGGCAUUAUCUUUUUGCCCAGGCUAUUCCUGACCUAUUAGACUGGACCCUGUUAUUGCGUCUUCUUUUUAAAAAUACCAUUUCACUGAUUUUUAUGUUUUAUCUCUGUUUUUAUGAUACAGUAUGUUUUAUUGUUUUUAUGAUAUAUUUUUGUAAAUGGCUUAAGAGUUUCAAAAUAUUAAGUGGUUCAGAAAUGCUUUAAACAUUUAUAUAUAUAUAAAUAAAUAGCUGCAGAAUAAAUUGGACAUUAAUGUGAUCCAUCAGGGUCAAACAAUUUCUUCCUACCAUAUUGUCUGUUUGCUUUCUCCUUUCUUCAAAAAUUGUUGUGGCUGGACAUGGGGUGUUGGCAAGGCAAGUAUGUCAUGAAGCCAAGGCUGCUUCAUCCUCAGGAUUUAAUUAAUACUGAAAUUUGGGGAUGGGAGGGAAUUUCCAUACAGAAACUGUGAGGCUUCACUUUUGCAUACUUUGAUGGACUGACUUGUUUUCUUAUUUCCACCUGGGUAGCUUUACUAACAUCUUCCAUUAGUCAGAUACAGUUACCUGUGACACGGAUCACUUUGCUUGCUACUGUUUUCUGUUUGUCGUGCAUAUAAAUAGUGUAAAUAGCUGGUGGGGUGUAGUGAACAGAGCAUUAGACACGAACUAGGUGAAAACCUGGUUUCAAAUUCCCUCACUGUCAUGGAAGUUUCUCAAUGAGUUUAUUACCAUUUGGAGCAAAGCUCUACUGCUACCACGCUGAGCUCCUUGGAGAAAGACUCAUAACAUAUCUGAUAGACAAAAAUUUCCAGAUUGUUUCGUAGGGUGGUUGAUGGGUGGGACUACAUGUGGGAUAAUUCAUGGAGGUCCUUGCCUUGGGCAAGAGGCCGGAGUAAGUUUAUAUUCUGAUCACCUCUAGCCUCAGUGACUCUAUGAUUUUGGAAGCUGUUCAGUCUUGGUCUGCCCACCCUUGUCUACCUUCCUGGAGUGGCUUCUUUUGACAUUUCACCCCUUGUUUUGCCUCCCACGAAACAGAUUACUGCCUGCUGAAUUUUGAUGCUAGCACUGCCAACGAAGAACUCUUCCUGUUUAAGGAGACCCACUCGGUGCUGAACAUGGGAAUCUUGUUGGAGAACUACUCAAAACCCAGCCAAGGAUUCAACCACUGGCCACAGCUCUUGUGCACCCGCAGCCUAUGUGAGGGCUGCCAUUACUGGGAGGCUGAGAUUUCAAAUGCAUGGCUGUGUUUGGGAGUCACCUACAGUUACAAGCAUAGAACUGAGAAAGCUUGCAUGUUGUACCUGCUUGGCAGGAAUAGCAAUUCAUGGUGCUUGGAGUGGGACUCACUGAAGUACUCUGUCUGGCACAACAAUAUUCAGACUGUGGUGCAUGGCAGCUACUAUAAGACAAUAGGUGUCUUACUAAACUAUGCUGCUGGCUCCCUGACUUUCUAUGGCAUCACCAACACCAUGAACCUCAUCUACCGUUUCCUCACCAUAUUCACCGAACCUCUUUACCCAGCUGCUAUGGUAAGCAGUGGGGCCUCCAUUACUUUGAAACAGCACCCAGACUAGAGAGGCCACAAAAAUUAUCCCUCUUUAAAGGCCGGGGAGGGCUUUGCUGUAGCUGAUAAAAUAAACUUCUAUCUCAUUACUGCUAAGGUGGGAUUCGUUUUUCUUUUUCCAGUGACGUGGCUAUAAACAGAAAGCAAAUGAUACACCUAAAUGUGUUUUUCUGUUAGAGAAAAGGAUUGCCACAGAGGAUCAUUUGGAGCAGGGAGGGAAGCCGGCUAUGUUACUGGUUCCUUCCUACUUUUUCUUUCUCUACUUUCUGCCUCUUUUAAAUUUUUAAACCAUGGUGUUUCUAUGGCUGGCGCUUCCUGUGUUUAUUUGCAUACCUGCUCACAUCCUCAGUCUGAAAUGAAACAGAAUGCCUCUCCUACUAUUCCUUUCCCUAAAUAUGCUGUCCUCAAAGCCUCUUUACAUGGCACUUGCUGUGGAGUUGCUUCAUAGCUAAGGAAGGGCAAUUCUGUACACCUCCAGAAGCAUUUAUCCCUUUCAGCCAAGCAGCAUGUUUACAGAGGGGAAAUCCCAGUUAGUGUGCAACGGCAUAGGAAAUUUCACGGGGAGGGGCUAGCAUCUGAAACGUGUCCGUUGGACCCAACUCAAAGGCAGCACUGUUUGCACUUUCAUGAGCCACAGACAUUCCAGGAUCCUCUGUGUGAAUGCUAUGCAUUCAGAGGCAAGCCAUCAUAGGCAGAGCCGAAAGCAAAACAAUUUGCCUUGAGAGUUGGUCCCCACCAUGUCUUAGAUUCAACCUCUGUUUUGAAAAAUAAAAUAAAAUCAGGGUGUAGUGUCACAACUGAGACACUAUCAAAAUGCUCACAAGUUCAGUCCAGCAUGUCAAAAAUCCCUGGGAAAGGAUCAUUCAUGAUCACUGCACCAGACAAUAUCACUUGCUUCCUUUCCAGCUUCCCUCAACCCAAUGCAGCUUAAAAAAACAACCCCGAGUUAAUUGUUUUACAGCUACACUCAUGCAUGAUCUCAUUCUCAUGAACUGCAGUAUGAUUAUUUGCAGGUACCCAAUCCGCCGCCCCCCUCCGAGUCAGUGGCUCUCUUGAAAGGCCUGUCUGUGACUCUGCAAAAUAAUCCCCUAAAAACAUUGUUCUGAAGAGGCACAGGUGUCUUUCGAACUCUUGGGGACUGGGUGUCCAGCCGGUCCCUUGAGUAGCUGGAUUAACUUAACAAGUCAUUACAACCACCUGACAGGCUCUUUCAAGUUACAGUUUAGGAUCUUUUGAUUGUUAAUUAUCCCUUGCUGGCAGCAGUUGCCAGCAAUUCGCCUCGGAUGACAGCCUUGGCUGCAUCCCAGUGUCUCCAUGGCUGCAUCUAAAGACACUCACUCCCAAGGCGCUCGUAGUGCUACAAAGCAACCCUCAAGUUCACAGCCUUGUUUUCAAGGGUGGUCUUCUGGUGCUCAGAAAAAAAACACAUUUGUUCACUUCGUUCUGCGUUCACAUUUGAUGGGUGAGCACUCUUUCUCUGGCUGUUUUCCAAGCAGCAUUGCAGAAUGAGGUUUUGGAGUUCCCCCUUACCCUGGGCUCCUGAGUGCUUCACAGCUGAAAACUCUACUAUUAGCAUUUUACGCCUGUGAGAGACCCCUGAGAUCAGUAUGCAGCACACAAUGUAUACAAUGAGACAUGAGAAUGGCAGCACAUAACCUAAACAGGCCUUCUUCGUGUUAUUUCUAGAUUCAUGUUUGGGGAUGUGGAAAUCUCAAUUUUCAUCUUCAAGAAAACUUGAAUCCUGCACAGCUCCAGCAGAUAAGCAAAAGCUGAUGCUCAUAAUAAAGUUUUGUUUUAUUUUUUAAAAAGUAAGGCUUGGCAUGCAAUUUAUGUCCUUGCUAACCAAUGUGGGAAAUUUUGUUUCAGCUGACUUUCCUCAAAUCAUCUUAACUCUGUCUGAAAAGCAUGGGCUCUCCUGCUCAACAAGAGACACUUUCCAAAAUAUUUGGCCUGCGGCCAUGUAAAGUCUUAGCUGGUACUGUAGAACUGAGACUGCUCUUACUUUGUCAACAUAAUUUACCAUAUCCCUUGGUGAUUUUUUUUUUUUUAACCAAAACACACACCUUUUCUGAAUCCAAAACACUGUACGUAUCAUUGAAAGUUAGGAGUAGCUUUGCAGCAAUAAAAGUUGACACUCCCCCAAGUGUUUCAAUGGCUCAGUUACAUAGUUACAUACAUUUUUCUGAUUUUCCAGUUUUUGUUUCUUUUUCUAGAGAAAAAGUUGUUGGCACUGCUCAGCUGCAAGCAGGGGGCACAGGGCGCGGAGGAUGGGCACUCUCUGCACAUGCUCAGAGGCAUGCUGCCCUUUCCCAACGCUGGCAUCGUCAUUUGGGUGCCGACCGUAAGUGACCUGCAGGUUUUGGGAAUGGCUUUGCAAGGUGACCAGAAGAAUGCCGAUUACAAGUGGACUGGAGGCUCUUAUUCCUAAGAGUGCCUGCCAUUUUUGCCCUCAUCCAGCCUGCAGUUGACGUCUGAUCACAGAGCAGCAUUUCCUGUUGCCACCAGCGACAUUAAACCGCUGUCUUCUAUGGUCGCCCUUCUACAGCUCUUCCCCUAGCCAAGCAACACCUCAAGGUGCAUCCACAGCAGAGCACUGAACAGCUGCUCCAGAGCCAGUUCACUCCACUCCUUUGGGCAUGCUCAGCAGAGAUGGCCCAUCCCUCACUUGCUUUGGUGUGUGAAUUUGCCUCCGAUCCACCUGAGAUGACUCUGGGUGUCCCUUCCAACUUUACUGAGUCUAUGAUUCAGUACAGCAGAUCUGAAUAUAACUGACAUGAGCAGCAGCCUCUUCAGGCCUUUUAUUAAGGGUUCCAAAGGUUCAGAGGGUGACAUUUAAAUCUAGACAGCUGAGACACAGUCACAGAUGAGUCAUUUCCAGUUACUUCAUUUCCCCCAAGAAACUCAAAUUUUCAGUGCAUGUAAAUAUUUCUGCAAUUUAUCUACUCAACUCUCUAUCCUUGAGGCCUGUGCAAGGGAACCUAAAUAUUUACUAGUAAGGAAAACAUAAAGGUACAACUUCCUCCCCUUGUAAAGUUGCCAGUUUUCCAGAUGUUCCUUUCUGGGAAAGCAAGGAGCUGGAAAGAAGGGGUCUACAAUUUAUUUUAGUCUGUUAGAAUGGAAUAGAGGUUGUUUAAAAACAACAAAAACAUUGUGUUUUAUUGGCAUUUGUUUAGAAUGUUAUUUAAUGUAUGUGGCUCUUAAGUGUAGUAGCCAACAUCCUUGAGCUUUCAAAAGAGUCACAAUAAAAUAUACCCCAACGAGUCCUGUAGGAGGACCAGCUUACAUUUGAGUAUUAGUCAAGGGCAGGCAACAUAUUUUAUACCCGCAAAGAAGAGGUCAUAUUUUCCUUUACUCCAAAAUACCUGAUUAUUGGGGAGAUGUGGAUGCGAGUGGUGCUGUGGGUUAAACCACAGAGCCUAGGGCUUGCCGAUCAGAAGGUAGGCGGUUUGAAUCCCCGUGACGGGGUGAGCUCCCGUUGCUCAGUCCCUGCUCCUGCCAACCUAGCAGUUCGAAAUCACGUCAAGUGCAAGUAGAUAAAUAGGUACCACUCUGGUGGGAAGGUAAACGGUGUUUCCGUGUGCUGCUCUGGUUUGCCAGAAAUAGCUUAGUCAUGCUGGCCACAUGACCUGAAAGCUGAACGCCAGCUCCCUCGGCCAAUAAAGCGGGAUGAGCACCGCAACCCCAGAGUCGUUCACGACUGGACUUAACGGUCAGGGGUCCCUUUACCUUUACAGGGUGGUGAAUUUCCUGAUACUGACAUACAGUGGUGCCUCGCAAGACGAAAAACUCGCAAGAGGAAAGAGUUUUUCGUGUUUUGAGUUGCUUCGCAAGACGAAUUUCCCUAUGGGCUUGCUUCGCAAGAUGAAAACAUCUUGCAAGUUUGUUUCCUUUUUCUUAAAACCGUUAAUACCCAGGGUGCAUUGCUUCGCAAGACGAAAAAUUCGCAAGACGAAAAAACUCGCAGAACGAAUUAAUUUCGUCUUGCGAGGCACCACUGUACCUCUAAGCUCUGAUAACUGGCAGAUGACUGCAUUAGAAUAUCAGGAGAGCCACUUACCCAUCUAGUCCAGCAUCCUGUUCUCACAGUGGCAAACCAGAUGCCUGAAGGAAACUCACAAGUAAGAUUUGAGCACAAGAGCACUCUUUCCCCUCUUCUGGUUUCCAGCAACUGGUAUUCAGAAACACUGCUGCCUCCAACUGUGGAGACAGGACAUAGCCAUCAUGCAGAGGUGCCAACUUGAAUAAAAUAUUGUGGGUAAGUCUUGCCCCUCAUAUCACAUGACACAGUCUCACACACCCCAUUUGAAUGGGAAUGCCCAUCAACUUUGUGGAGCUCCGGAACCCUCAUAUGUUUUAUUGUGGGGGCCAAAGGCUAGUAGCCACUGAUAGCCUACUGAUAGCCCCAGGGCAGGAAGGCUUUAUAGAGCUGUCCCAGAAACUGGGGCCCACCUUGCUGUCAUUUCAAGCAGCCCUAAGCAAACUUGGGUUUAAUUCUGGAUCGUAACUUAUUACCUUCUUUUACAUAUGAUAUGAGGUAGUUUUGCGUAUGUGUGUGUCUAUUACAAGCCUGGAGGAAAAAUACAAUAACUAGUGUCGUAGCUAAGGGGGGGCUAGCCAGGUUUUUUUGGGGUUUUUUGCCCUGGGGUGCCAUUGAGAUUCCCAGUCUCUCUCUGUGUGUACACAACUGCAUGUGGGUUUUUCUUUUUCUGCCAAACUGGUUCUUUGACCCGAGUGAAAUAAAGCCUAGUUUCGCCCCUGCGUUAAUUUACCUAUUAAUUACUUAUUUCUUCCUGAGCUGGGAAAUGUGUGUCUGGGCUGCGAAGGGAGGGUUGUUUCUCUGCAACAAUAGAAAACGUGUGCGGGUGGGAGGCAAGGUCAGAAUCCUGACAUGCUAGUUUUCUAUUUGCAGGGACAUUUUGUUUGGUGCGGAGUACCAGUUCCAUCAGACAGUGUGCUAUACAGGGCUGCGGACUUGAAUAAAAUAUUGAGGUGGGGGGGGAGAGGAAGGUAAGCCCCGUCCCGCAUAAUCGAUCACAUGACAUGGCACACACCCCAUUUGAGUGGGAAUUCCCCUUAACUUUGGAGGGGCCCCUAAAAUAUUUUAUUGGGGGAAAGGGGUGCCGAAGGGACCCCUAAGAUUUGGCUCCUAUGGUGCUAUAGCAGCACUGGGCUUCUCCCUGCUCAGUUAUGCAGUUCAGUGGGUGACCUUCGGCCAGUCCCUUUCCUCCCCCCCUCUCGGCCUCACCUGCAUAGGUGAAACGAGCGUAAAACGAAGGAGACGAGAACCGCCUUUAGCGAGGAGGAAGGGUGAGAUAAGUACGUACAAGUCCCCCACCUGCAGCCUGAAGCGACACACAGACACAGGCUUGCCACCUCCAUGAGAUCUAGGACCUUGAAAACAACUCUUGGAAACAGAACUAUAAGGCAUAUCGGUGGGGGGGGGGGAGGUGAACCAAGGCAGCCCGCUCAGAUCCCACGACCCCAAUCAAAUUAAGCAAAAGCAACAAUAGGCUCCUCUCUCCUCCUCGCCACCCUAUUGAACAGGAGCCGCCCUCGGGGCUCCUCGCCUGACCUCGGCCCCCUUUGACCUCAGCCCGCCCCGGGCUCCUCCGGCAGCGCGCGACGCUCUCGGAUCUCCGGCUUCCAAGUCUCCUCCUCCUCCUCUUCCAUAAGCAACCGAAAGGGAACCGGAGUCGAGAGCUCGGCCGGCCCUUGGAGGAAGUAGAGCGGGGUGGAGAGCGAAGAGGAAGGGGCCACGGGGUCGCCCCUGGGAAGGGAGGAAGCAGCAGCCCCGCCUGGGGGGCGUGAGCAGGUGAGCAGGCGGCGAUCGGCUGGGGAACCCGAUCAAGAUCACUACGAGACCGCGGGGGUGUGUGGAGGGGGGGGAGAGUUCUUAAGAUCUCAGCCACUGCCCUGCACAUCCUUAUGAGGAUUCUUCGAUCACCCUAGCUGAGGCCAGAGGGGGAUCCCUGUGGGGAGUAAGGAUGGGGGUAAAGCGCAGAAAGGAUCCCCUUCGUGAUCGAAGGACACCGGAUCGAAGAGUGCCUGGUCUUGAUUUCCUGUUUUCGGGAGGGAAAGGAACGACGACGCCCCCUCCCCUCCGCCCCCGCUGACACCUGGUCCGAAACCGGAACAAUCCCUUUCUCGGUCGACACCAGAGCUGAGAGUUGCUAUAAGCCUUCUCAGGAUCCCCGAGGCGUGCAGGGAUCUCUCUCGGGUGAGCCCUUGGAAGGAAACUCCGUUUCGAAAUUGCCGCUGCUUAAAACGGUGCGGGGGUCGAAGCAAACCCACCCCUUUCUAAUACCGCUUUGCAAAAAAUCUAAACUGAUAAUCGGACGCUUGUCCGGAUGGCCCUUUUUCUGAUUCCGUAUAGACAGGAAGGGAGGCAGCCCUGAAACUGGCUCCAAGAACCACAUGAGUUGGUUUGAGCAACAAGUUAUGGAGUUCCCGUUUUGUAUCGCUGUUGAUGUUUUUAAAGAGGCAGCUGUUGCAGCUCAUGACUCCAGAAAUGCUGUGUUGUGUACCGGCGGAGAGCCAGAGCAGUGAACUUGGGCUCAAAUUUUGUCUCAGCCUCGAAUUCACUAGGUCUCAAUUCUCUCGUCUGCAAUAUUGAGAUAAGAGCACUGGGCUUUCUUUACAGAUUAAAGGUAAAGGUAAAGGGACCCCUGACCAUUAGUCCAGUCGUGACCGACUCUGGGGUUGCAGCGCUCAUCUUUAUUGGCCGAGGCUGGAGCGGUACCUAUUUAUCUACUUGCACUUUGACGUGCUUUCGAACUGCUAGGUUAGCAGGAGCAAGGACCGAGCAACGGGAGCUCACCCAGUCAUGGGGAUUCGAACUGCCGAUCGAUCGGCAAGGCCUAGGCUCUGUGGUUUAACCCACAGCGCCACCAGCGUCCCUCUUUACAGAUUACCAAGACUUUUACUAGGGGAUCAGCAACCUUUUUCAGCCGUGGGCUGGUCCACCAUCCCUCAGACCAUGUGGUGGGCUGGACUAUAUUGGGGGGGGGGGGAUGAACAAAUUCCUUUCCCCCACAAAUAACCCAGAGAUGCAUUUUAAAUAAAAGGAUACAUUCUACUCAUGUAAAAACACGCUGAUUCCCAAACUGUCCACGGGCCGAAUUAAGAAGGCGAUUGGGUCGCAUUCGGCCCCUGGCCCUUCGGUUGCCUACGCCUGUUUUACAAGCACCAGCACUUUGAACACUUUUCUCUAAACAUUUAAAUACUGGUGGUAAGAACCGUACAACUAUGAACAUUUCCAAGCAAAUGUUAAGUACUAGGGGCAAGAACUAUAUAUCUAUAAAGCAGGAAGAGUCUAAAUAUACCAAUAUCACCCUAAUCUGACCAGCUCCAGCCAGCAUGAAUAGAUGCAUGUAUUGAGCUACAUCUCACACAGGUGUGUGUGUGUGUGUGUGUACACACAUACCUGGCCCCAUAGUAUUUAAAAAUUAAGUAUAAAUAAAAGGUAACUUGCAAAUAGAGUAUGGUAUUUUAAAAACUGGAGCACCCAUAAAGGGUCAGUAAUCCAGUAAGUGUGACUGUGUUGGUGAAAUGGAUUGCCUUGCUCCCAUUCUGAAACACCAGAGGAGCCAGUCAGUGGGCACAACAUUAUCUCUUGGUACAGGUGUGGGUAUGUUGUCCAAUCAGUUUUCAGCACCAUGGCUGAGAAAUAAGGGGAUUUAGUGUUCAGGCUCCAAAGAACCUCCAUAACCCCUGCCUUGGGAACUUGCUGUCGCAUAGCACUAAGGAGGUCACAGUGUUCUACAUUCAGCACCAGCGUUACUAUGAAGCAACACGAAAUGGGCAUUUCAGGCUGCAGAAUCCAUAGAGGGUGACCACCUUCCUGCUUUUGAUUCAUUUAUGUGGCAUUAAAAAUUAACUACCGCUACUUCUGGUGAAAUUUUGAGGGUUGGAAAACAGACUGCUGGCAACACAUGAUCCCUUAAAUACGUAGGACGCCACUACACUGGCUAGUUUAUGGAACUCUGGGGAGAGGAACAUACAGAAGAAGGCCUGACAGCUUUGAGGCAGGCAUCCCAACUUCUUUCUCCGACUCUCUGCCAGCAAAAUGCCCGGUCAGGUGUGGUGGAAGAAUAGUAGGCCAACCAUGCAUUUUUCAACUGGACCAGGUCAGUCCUGGCCCUGCUAGAGGUCACCUAGAUAACACCCAUGUUCCUUUGUACCUGCUUCUGCUGACCAUUAGUAGCUCAGAGUAGUGAGGGCGCCACAUAUUUUAUCUGAUGGAACAAAUAUUGCAUAAGCUGUUUCCCCGUCUCCACUCCUGCAUAACUGAGUGGGGCAUUUCAAAGGAAACAACCAGUGGUCUCUUUUAUUUAUUUAUUUUGGAGAGCACUUCCAAGUUGCCACUAUUUUGGGGGGCGAUUCACACACAUACCGGCAAAUGCAGGUUACAAACUUGAGCAAUGAAUCCCCUUCUCAAAAAGACUGGACAUUUUUGUGAUGGGGAAAGAAAAUGCACUGGGAUGGGUGGGAAUAACACUUGCUUUGAUGUAACAUCAUCUAACCUCCCAGAAAACAAAUUGUGACGAAUGCUCAAUAAACAGGUCAUCUGGAAGCGCCCUAGACCCCUGGAGCUAGCUGAGUUGCCCAUGUCUUUUCUUUGCUGUGGAACCCAGUUCAGGGAAAGGGCUCUCCUUAAAGUGGUUUCACACCCAAUGCUUAAAACAACUUUUUUGGGGGGAAAGGGAUCUCUUGUGCUUUUUAUGUAGGCUGGACAGGAGAAUAAAUGCAUUUUGUAGAGCAGGUGUAACUUGCAGACAUUGUAGAUAUUACAUUAGAGUUAAAGGAAAUAUAAAAAUCAAUGCAGAUGUAACAUGUGAACAUGUCCUAGGGGCCUUUCUCGCCGCUUGAAAGUGAAAGGCACUUUCUGUUCUAUCCUGGGACAAACAGGGCAACUCAGACAGCAACCUGUGCAAGAGCAAUCAUUACAACUUAAUUCUCAGCAGAACCGUACAGACUUUACACUGGGAUUGGCAUUUACGGGCAGAGCCUUCCUCUCUUGGCACAAGAAUUUUAUGACAUUAGAUAAAAGGCAGCAAGGGGAUUCCACUGACCGAAAGCAGGUGAAAGGGAAAACUGGCAGGGUGCUGGUGCUGAGUAAUACCAGCUAGCUCUUUCCUCACUGGAGGUGUGUCUAACAUUAUACCUAGAAGCAUUCAUAAUCUUGUGAAAUAAAAGGAGAUGACAGACCUUUCUCAGGCAGGCUGGCGACACCAGAACUGAGAAGCUCUCUAGAGAAGCACAACUCUUCUAUUUUUCAGCAACUCUUUUUUUCUGUCUUCUUUGCAGCUGCUGCAUCACUUUCGUUUGUGCAUUUUCCUCUAA